AUGAGGAGGGUGGAGGAAACACCGUGGGUGAGGACCCCAAUCCCACCUCUGGAGGACCACUCACUGCUCCGACGAGACAGGACCAAUCCAGCAGCGACCCACUGCGAAGUGGCACUUGCAAUCCGUCCGGCACUGGCAGCGCGUCUGCUGCUCGGAUGCGUGCAAGUGGACCGGAGUCUUUGGACGGAGGGCACGCCGCAGGCACAACAUCCCCACGCUCCGACGCGUCUCAGCAGGCAGCGUGUGGAGUGCAUGCUGGUGGCGGGAGGACCUCCCAGGGCAGUCGGGCUUCGGAACAAACCGUCACGGGACAGUCACAGGUGCCAGGGACGGCGAAGGAAGCACCGCAGGGCGAUGAAGGAGGAGAACCCGGAGCACAACACGAGGCCGACCAAACCACAAAAAUGA